UGCUAGAGGGAUCGCAAAACUAUUGACCGCGACGCGACUCGGCGCGGCGCCUUCGCACAUCUUUCCGUGUUCUCGCGCGGAAGAAGGAGAGAGAGCUGCGUCUUCGCCGACAUGUGUAUGCGUGCGCGUAUGUAAGUCGCGUGUGAGGGGAAAGCGAAGAAAAGGGAAACGCUUCGGCCGAUGACGGUGGACAUCGAUCGGCGAUGAAUAUGGCUGUACUUGCGCUUCUACGCCGAUUGUGAAAUGAACGAGAUAUGAUGCUCUCUUGUUAAAUUUUUCGUGGAAAUUUUGCAGUGAUUUGAUUUUUCUCGCAAGACGACUCAAAUGACAAGAUCACGCUGGUUUGGAACAAACGACGUAAUGUGAUGGUUAUACAUAUAUAUAAAGUUUAGAAGAAAACAAUCUCUGCUACAUCAUACAUAUUACGAUAUCUCUAAAGGAAUUAGCUUAAAACUAUACAAAGUAUAUAUAUCAACUUAUUCAAUAUGUACAUUUCAUCUUACGAAUACUAUUUUCUCUUGUCACUAGUCGUUCUUCCUGUAUAUCUCUUUUUCAAACUUUGGUCAUGGCUCGGGUGGGAAUUGUUUGUAAAUAAUUAAAAUUUUAAUACUUUAAUAACUUAAAAAAUAUUGUAAAUUUUAUCUUGUGUAUA